AGUGGUUCGCUGAGCUGUGGAGACAGGUUCUGGAAGAAGAGAUCCCACGCCACCAAUUCCAGACAAGAUGUCCGGCAAAGGCUCCGUGGUCCUGGCCUACAGUGGUGGCCUCGACACCUCCUGCAUCCUCGUGUGGCUGAAGGAGCAAGGCUAUGACGUCAUUGCCUACCUGGCCAACAUCGGCCAGAAGGAGGACUUCGAGGAAGCCAGGAAGAAAGCGCUGAAGCUCGGAGCCUCAAAGGUGUUCAUCGAGGAUGUCAGCAAGGAGUUUGUGGAGGAAUUCAUCUGGCCUGCUGUCCAGUCCAGCGCACUGUAUGAGGACCGCUACCUCCUGGGCACCUCGCUUGCAAGGCCCUGCAUCGCCCGCAAGCAAGUGGAGAUCGCCAAGCGGGAGGGAGCCAAGUAUGUGUCUCAUGGUGCCACGGGAAAGGGGAAUGACCAGGUCCGGUUUGAGCUCACCUGCUACUCCCUGGCCCCCCAGAUUAAGGUCAUUGCCCCCUGGAGGAUGCCGGAGUUCUACAACCGCUUCAAGGGCCGCAACGACCUGAUGGAAUACGCUAAGCAACACGGAAUCCCCAUCCCGGUCACCCCCAAGAGCCCAUGGAGCAUGGAUGAGAACCUCAUGCACAUCAGCUAUGAAGCUGGGAUCCUGGAGAACCCCAAGAGCCAAGCACCUCCUGGUCUCUACACAAAGACCCAGGACCCAGCCAAGGCUCCCAACACCCCCGACAUCCUUGAGAUUCAGUUCAAGAAAGGGGUCCCCGUGCAGGUGACCAAUGUCAAGGAUGGCACCACCCACCGCACAUCCUUGGAGCUCUUCAUGUACCUGAAUGACGUCGCGGGCAAGCAUGGUGUGGGUCGCAUCGACAUCGUGGAGAACCGCUUCAUUGGGAUGAAGUCUCGAGGUAUCUACGAGACCCCAGCAGGGACGAUCCUUUACCACGCUCACUUAGACAUCGAAGCCUUCACCAUGGAUCGGGAAGUACGCAAAAUCAAGCAAGGCCUGGGCUUGAAAUUCGCCGAGCUGGUGUACACUGGUUUCUGGCACAGCCCCGAGUGCGAGUUCGUCCGCCAUUGCAUUGCCAAGUCCCAGGAGCGGGUGGAAGGAAAGGUGCAGGUGUCUGUCUUCAAGGGUCAGGUGUACAUCCUCGGCCGGGAGUCCCCACUGUCGCUGUACAACGAGGAGCUGGUGAGCAUGAAUGUGCAGGGUGACUACGAGCCAAUCGAUGCUACUGGUUUCAUCAACAUCAACUCCCUCAGGCUGAAGGAAUAUCACCGCCUCCAGAGCAAGGUCACUGCCAAGUAGAUGCGCUGACCAUGAGGGCCGGGGCCUCCUCACUACCCGUUCCCCAAAUGCAGGCGCUAAUUGUCGUGAUCCUUUGUAAUGGUGACUUGUCCUCCCCGGGCGGGCAGCAUCUUGGGGGCUCCAGACCCCAGCUUUGUUCCCUAGCUCCCCCCGGCCCCUCGCCAAAGUGGUCAGCACCCAGGAAAACGGAGAGGGUGGCCACCGAGGGAAGCUGUAACAUGACCAUUUAAAAAAAAAAUUC